UGGAUUUUGUUUAUGUUUUGACGUAGACGUGGAUUUACCAAAAAAUUUUGUUAUAAUUUAUAUUAAUCUCCAUCUCCAAUUACUGAAACAUUAUAAAAUCAUGUUUCAUCAAACUGAAGUAAAACAAGAGGUGAGACAAACAACUGAGACAACUUGCAAAAGAGAAAUAGAAAUAAUAGAUAAUGAAGUACUACAGGAUACCUUUAAAAUUGAAGUUAAGGAGGAGCCUAAGCCAGAAAGUGCCUGUGAUACAUUUGAUUAUUUAGACGUGAAGAAAUGUCCUAUAAAAUCUGAAAUAGAUCACGAUGAUGGUCUCGCUUGUAAAGAUAUGAAAACUGAUGCCAGUAGCCUCUUAACAAAUGAUGAUAGAAGUGGCAGUAAUUUGAACCAAUAUAUAAUUUCCAAUGCCAAUGUGAACCCUGGAGGACAACGUUUUAUAUGUUUCAUUUGCCAGAAACCAUUGUUCAGUAAUUCUCAUUUAGAACUUCAUAUGAGGAUACAUAUUGAUGAAAAACCAUUUGAAUGUGGAAUUUGCAACAAACAGUUUUUAACGAAACCACUUUUAAAAUCACAUAUGACAGUGCAUACUGGUGAAAAACUAACAUGUGAAAUUUGCACCAAACACUUUACAAGCAAGUAUUUAUUAAUGCAUAUGAAAUUGCAUACUGGUGAAAAACCAUUUAAAUGUGAAGUUUGCAAGAAACAGUUUUCAAUGAAAGUAUAUUUAAAAUCGCAUAUGAGGGUGCAUACUGGUGAAAAACCAUUUAAAUGUGAAAUGUGCACCAAACAAUUUUCAACAAAGAAAUAUUUAACAAUACAUAUGCAAUUGCAUACUGGUGAAAAACCAUUUGAAUGUGAAGUUUGCAAGAAACAGUUUUCAACGAAAUUAUAUUUAAAAUCACACAUGAGAGUGCAUACUGGUGAAAAAAUAUUUAAAUGUGAAAUGUGCAAAAAACAAUUUUCAACAAAGAACUAUUUAACAAUACAUAUGCAAUUGCAUACUGACGAAAAUCCAUUUAAAUGUGAAAUUUGCGCCAAACAAUUGUCAUCAAAGAGUAAUUUAAAAGCACAUAUGACAAUGCAUGCUGGUGAAAAACCAUUUGAAUGUAAAAUUUGCACCAAACAGUUUUCAAGAAAAGAAAAUUUAAAAUCGCAUCUGAGAGUGCAUACGGGUGAAAAACCAUUUGAAUGUGAAAUUUGCACCAAACACUUUUCAACAAAGGGUUAUUUACUAAUGCAUAUGAAAUUGCAUACUGGAGAUAAACCAUUUGAAUGUGAAAUUUGCAAGAAACAGUUUUCAAUGAAAUUAUAUUUAAAAUCACACAUGAUGGUGCAUACUGAUGAAAAACCAUUUGAGUGUGAAAUUUACACCAAACAGUUCUCAACGAAACCAUUUGUAAAAUCGUAUAUGAGUGUGCAUAGUGGUGAAAAACCAUUUGCGUGUGAAAUUUGCGUUAAACACUUUUCAACAAAGAGUAAUUUAAAAGUACAUAUGACAGUGCAUACGGGUGAAAAACCGUUUGAAUGUGAAAUUUGCGCCAAACAGUUUUCAAGAAAAGAAAAUUUAAAAUCGCAUAUGAGAGUGCAUACGGGUGAAAAACCAUUUAAAUGUGAAAUUUGCGCCAAACAGUUUUCAAUGAAACUAACUUUAAAAUCGCAUAUGAACGUGCAUACUGGUGAAAAAUCAUUUAGGAUUAUAAUUUUAGGUCUCUCUUAUAAACAUAUGAAAACUGAUGCCAGUAGCCUUUUAACAAAUGAUGAUAGAAGUGGCAGUAAUUUGAGCCAAUAUAUAAUUUCCAAUACCAAUGUGAACACUGGAGGACAACGUUUUAUAUGUAUCAUUUGCAAGAAACCAUUGUCAAGUAAUUCUCGUUUAGAACUUCAUAUGAGGAUACAUAGCGAUGAAAAAUCAUUUGAAUGUCAAAUUUGCUCCAAACAAUUUGCAACGAAAUCACUUUUAAAACCGCAUAUGAGAGUGCAUACUGGUGAAAAACCAUUUAAAUGUGAAAUAUGCGCCAAACAAUUUUCAUUAAAGAGUAAUUUAAAAGGACAUAUGUUAGUACAUUCUGGUGAAAAACCAUUUAAAUGUGAAAUGUGCACCAAACGGUUUUCAACGAAACAAAUUUUAAAAUCCCAUAUGAGAGUGCAUACUGGUGAAAAACCAUUUAUUUGUGAAAUUUGCGCCAAACAAUUUGCAUCAAAGGGUAAUUUAAAAGAACAUAUGACAGUGCAUUUUGGUGAAAAACCAUUUGAAUGUGAAAUUUGCACCAAACAGUUUUCAACGACACAAAUUUUAAAAAUGCAUAUGAGAGUGCAUACUGGUGAAAAAAAAUUUAACUGUGAAAUUUGCACUAAAAAAUUUUUAAGAAGGGGUGAGCUAAACCGACAUAGUAGAGUGCAUACUGGUGAAAAACCAUUUGAGUGUGAACUUUGCUCCAAACACUUUUCAACGAAACAAGUUUUAAAAUUACAUAUGACUGUGCAUACUGGUGAAAAACUAUUUGAAUGUGAAAUAUGCGCCAAACAAUUUUCAUCGAAACAAGUUUUAAAAUUGCAUAUGAGAAUGCAUACUGGUGAAAAACCAUUUGAAUGUGAAAUUUGCAUUAAACAGUUUUCAACGAAACAAUCUUUACAAUCGCAUAUGAGAGUGCAUACUGGGGAAAAACCAUUUAAAUGUGAAAUUUGCACCAAACAGUUUUUAACGAAACAAGUUUUAAAAUCGCAUAUGACAGUGCAUCCUGGUGAAAAGCCAUUUGAGUGUGAAACUUGUACCAAACAGUUUUCAACGAUAACCCUUUUAAAAUCGCAUAUGAAAGUGCAUAGUGGUGAAAAACCAUUUAAAUGUGAAAUAUGUGCCAAGCAAUUUUCAUCAAAGAGUAAUUUAAAAUCACAUAUGUCAGUGCAUCCUGGUGAAAAACCAUUUAAAUGUGAAAUGUGCACCAAACAGUUUUCAACGAAAUCACUUUUAAAAUCCCAUAUGACAGUGCAUACUGGUGAAAAACCAUUUAUAUGUAAAAUUUGCGCCAAACAAUUUUCAUCAAAGGGUAAUUUAAAAUGUCAUAUGACAGUGCAUUCUGGUGAAAAACCAUUUGAAUGUGAAAUUUGCACCAAACAGUUUUCAAGAAACUCACACUUUACUAGACAUAUGAGAGUGCAUACUGGUGAAAAAAAAUUUGAUUGUGAAAUUUGCACUAAAAAAUUUUUAAGACAGGGUGAUUUAAAUCGACAUAUGAGAGUGCAUACUGGUGAAAAACCAUUUGAGUGUGAAAUUUGCGGCAAACACUUUACAAAAAAGACUAAUUUAAAAGUACAUAAUAUGACAGUGCAUCCUGGUAAAAAAUCAUUUGAAUGUGAAAUUUGCACCAAACAGUUUUCAACGAAACACGUUUUAAAAGUGCAUAUGAGAGUGCAUACUGGUGAAAAACCAUUUGAAUGUACAAUUUGCACCAAACACUUUUCAACAAAGGGUAAUUUAAUAUGUCAUAUGACAGUGCAUUCUGGUGAAAAACCAUUUGAAUGUGAAAUUUGCAAAAAACAGUUUUCAAUGAAAUUAUAUUUAAAAUCACAUAUUAGAGUACAUAAUGAUGAAAAACCAUUUGAAUGUGAAAUUUGCACCAAAAAGUUUUCAACGAAACCAUUUUUAAAAUCUCAUAUGAGAGUGCAUACGGUGAAAAACCACUAGAGUGUCAAAUUUGCGCCAAACAAUUUUCAGUGAAAUUAUAUUUAAAAUUGCAUAUGAGAGUGCGAGUACUGGUGAAAAACCAUUUAAAUGUGAAAUUUGCACCAAAAAGUUUUCAACGAAACCAUUUUUAAAAUCUCAUAUGACAACGCAUACUGGUCAAAAAUAAUUUGAAUGUGAAAUUUGCACGAAACACUUUUCAACAAAGAGCUAUUUUUAUUAAUGCAUAUGAAAUUGGAUAUAGGUGAAAAACCAUUUAAAUGUGAAAUUUACACAAAACAGUUUACAACUAAACCAAUUUUACAAUCGCAUAUGGGAGUGCAUACUGACUAUGCAGAGAAUACAAAGAGUGAUAUAAAAGUACAUAAUAUGAGACUGCAUAUAGGUGAAAAAUAAUUUGAAUGUGAAAUUUGCAAUAAACAUUUUUUAACGAACCAUAAAACAAGUCUGGCGAUUCUAUUGUUGCUAGUUCAUUUACCGUUACCCAGGGUGCACGUGUAGUAUUCUACUACGGACGCGGACUAGCUUCACACCCCAGUGUAAAACAUUUGUUAAAAUCGCAUGACAGUGCAUACUGGUGAAAAACCAUUUGAAUGUGAAAUUUGCACCAAACAGUGGAACAGUGAACCCAUAAGAUGCAAAUUAGUAAUUAACAAAGAACUAAUUGAACAAGUCUCGAGAUUACAAUAUCUGGGAGUCGAAAUAUGUAGUUAUGGAGAUGUUAAAGAGAGCGUCCGAAAGCAAGCAAAUAAAGCCAAUUACGUGUCAGGAUGUCUGAGGGAUGUCAUCUGGAGAAACAAAGAUAUGAGAGAACACACUCAGAGAAAGAUAUAAAACGCUGAGAGACAGAAUACCGAGCGACAGAAUAAGAUCUCUGUAACAUACAAGAUAUAGUACGGUGGGGAAGACAGAGACGACAAGAGUGGAAUCAGCAUGUGACGAGAAUGGACAGCGAGAGAAUAGCCCGUAUAGCCAGGGAUUCGAAACCAACAGGCAAGAGACCAAUAGGAAGGCCCUUUAAAAGGUGGCGAGAUAGCUGGCAGUCAACAUCACAGCUACGAAUAUAAGCUCAAAAUCGGUAAGGAACAGGCCAAGAGGCAUAUUAUAAGAAGAAGAAGAAGUAUAUGAAAGUGCAUACUGGUGUAAAACCAUUUAAAUGUGAACUUUUCACCAAACAGUUUUCAAUGAAACAAGUUUUAAAAUCGUAUACGACAGUGCACCCUGGUGAAAAAUCAUUUGAAUGUGAAAUAUGCAUCAAAGAGUUUUCAACGAAACCACUUUUAAAAUUACACAUGAGAGUGCAUACUGGUGAAAAACCAUUUGAUUGUGAAAUUUACACCAAAGAGUUUUCAACGAAACCACUUUUAAAAUUACACAUGAGAGUGCAUACUGGUGAAAAACCAUUUAAAUGUGAAAUUUGCGCCAAACAAUUUUCAUCAAAGAGUAAUUUAACAGCAUAUAUAACUGCAUCCUGGUGAAAAACCAUUUGAAUGCGAAAUGUGCACCACACAGUUUUCGAUCAAAUCGCUUUAAAAAUCGCAUAUGAGAGUGCAUACUGGUGAAAAACCGUUUAAAUGUGAAAUUUGCGUCAAACAAUUUUCAACAAAGAGUAAUUUAAAGUACAUAAUAUGAGACUGAAUAUAGGUGAAAAAUUAUUUGAAUGUGAAAUGUGCAAUAAACAGUUUUUAACGAAGCAUAAAACAAAUUUUAAAAUCGCAUAUGAGAGUGCAUACUGGUGAAAAAUCAUUUGAAUGUGAAAUAUGCACCAAAGAGUUUUCAACUAUAAUAACAGUUUAAAUUUAGUUUCUUGUGAAUACUUUUACUUAUGCAAUUAAUAUACAGUAAUAGUAAACACGAA